CCUCCCGCCUUGCUCCGUUCAGGUGAGCUGGUUAAUGUUUCACCUGCGUGACGCAACGUCACGGUGGACUCGCGGCUCCCACCUCCACGCACCUCCACGCACACCGAUGGUUCUGUCGGGUUUUCACGGCCGAACCGAACCGAGCUGAACUUCCGACCUCCGUGUGAAGAACCAUGUCAGCCUCCGCUGUCUUUGUGUUGGACCUCAAGGGGAAGGUGCUGAUCUGUCGUAACUACAAAGGCGACGUGGACAUGGCCGAGGUCGACCACUUCAUGCCUUUACUCAUGCAGCAGGAAGAGGAGGGCCUCGUCAGCCCCGUCAUGUCUCACGGGAACGUCCACUUCCUGUGGAUCAAACACAGCAACCUGUACCUCGUGGCCACCACGAACAAGAACUCCAACGCGUCCCUGGUUUACUCGUUCCUCUACAAACUAGUUGAGGUGUUCACAGAGUACUUCAAAGAGCUGGAGGAGGAGAGCAUCCAGGAUAACUUCGUGGUUGUUUAUGAGCUGCUGGAUGAACUGAUGGACUUUGGGUUCCCUCAGACGACUGACAGCAAGAUCCUCCAGGAGUACAUCACUCAGGAAGGCGCCAAGCUGGAGGUGGCCAAGAGCAAGGUGCCCACCACGGUCACCAACGCCGUCUCCUGGCGCUCAGAGGGCAUUAAAUACAAAAAGAAUGAGGUCUUCAUCGAUGUCAUCGAGUCCAUCAAUGUUCUGGUGAACGCCAACGGCAGCGUGAUGAGCAGCGACAUCGUGGGCAGCAUCAAGCUGAAGACCAUGCUGUCCGGCAUGCCCGAGCUGCGCCUCGGCCUCAACGAUCGGGUGCUGUUCGCCCUCACUGGACGUGACAAAGGGAAGACGGUGGUGAUGGAGGACGUGAAGUUCCAUCAGUGCGUGCGACUGUCGCGCUUCGAGAGCGACCGGACCAUCUCCUUCGUUCCCCCGGACGGAGAGUCUGAGCUCAUGUCCUAUCGCAUCAAUACUCACGUGAAACCUCUGAUCUGGAUCGAGUCCGUCAUAGAGAAGUUCUCUCACAGCCGAGUGGAAAUCAUGGUCAAGGCAAAGGGCCAGUUUAAGAAACAAUCUGUGGCCAACAACGUGGAGGUGAGAGUCCCGGUGCCCAGCGACGCAGACUCACCCAAGUUCAAAACCAGCACGGGUCAUGCCCGAUACGUGCCCGAGAAGAACCUGGUGGUGUGGACCAUCAAGUCUUUCCCGGGAGGGAAGGAGUUCCUGAUGAGAGCUCACUUCGGGUUACCCAGCGUGGAGAACGACGAGGCCGAGGGCAAACCUCCCAUUACAGUCAAAUUUGAAAUCCCCUACUUCACGGUCUCAGGAAUCCAGGUUCGGUACAUGAAGAUCAUAGAAAAGAGUGGAUAUCAAGCUCUGCCCUGGGUGCGCUACAUCACUCAGAGUGGAGAUUACCAACUGAGGACCAAUGCAUAAGGCUUUAGAGAUGCUUCCUUCCACAAGAGCGUAACAAUCACUUUCUCUGCACUGAAUGACUCUUAAAACGUCACCUGUUUUAACGUAAUUAUUCUGUUUAAGAGUUUUAUGGAACCUGUUUGAAGAUUGAUUUCAGCGUGUGUUGUGAUUCUACAUCCACAUUAUUUAAAUAAAGUUAUUCCCCUGGAGCUA